ACCGCCCCCUCCCCCUCCCGGACUCGAAAUUUCCCGGGGAUUAUGUUUCGGAAAGGAACCCAGCGAGGAAAUACAUGCACUCGCUGAGAAUCGCCCGAGCCAGAACGCUGCGCUACAAGGUGUAGGGAGACCGUGGGGUGGGGCGGCCGGCGACCCAGGAGUCCCCGUGGCCGAGCGCCCGGGCGUCGGUUCUUCAUUCCUGCCCUCGGGGCGGACGGAGUGACCCCGACCCCUACUCUCCGCCCCGACCAUGGUAGUGUUCAAUGGCCUUCUUAAGAUCAAAAUCUGUGAGGCCGUGAGCUUGAAGCCCACAGCCUGGUCUCUGCGCCAUGCGGUGGGACCCCGACCGCAGACUUUCCUUCUGGACCCCUACAUCGCCCUCAACGUGGACGACUCGCGCAUCGGCCAAACGGCCACCAAACAGAAGACCAACAGCCCGGCCUGGCACGACGAGUUCGUCACCGAUGUGUGCAACGGGCGCAAGAUCGAGCUGGCGGUCUUCCACGAUGCCCCCAUCGGCUACGACGACUUCGUGGCCAACUGCACCAUCCAGUUUGAGGAGCUGCUGCAGAACGGGAGCCGCCACUUCGAGGACUGGAUUGAUCUGGAGCCAGAAGGAAGAGUGUAUGUGAUCAUCGAUCUCUCGGGAUCAUCGGGUGAAGCCCCUAAAGACAAUGAAGAGCGUGUGUUCAGGGAGCGCAUGCGGCCCAGGAAGCGGCAGGGUGCCGUCAGACGCAGGGUCCACCAGGUCAAUGGCCACAAGUUCAUGGCCACCUACCUUCGGCAGCCCACCUACUGCUCCCACUGCAGAGAUUUUAUCUGGGGUGUCAUAGGAAAGCAGGGAUACCAAUGUCAAGUUUGCACGUGCGUGGUCCACAAGCGAUGCCACGAGCUGAUCAUUACGAAGUGUGCUGGAUUAAAGAAGCAGGAAGCUCCCGACGAGGUGGGCUCCCAGAGGUUCAGCGUCAACAUGCCUCACAAGUUCGGAAUCCACAACUACAAGGUGCCCACCUUCUGUGACCAUUGUGGGUCCUUGCUCUGGGGCCUCUUGCGACAGGGCUUGCAGUGCAAAGUCUGCAAGAUGAACGUUCACCGGCGCUGUGAGACCAAUGUGGCCCCCAACUGUGGGGUGGACGCCCGAGGAAUUGCCAAAGUGCUAGCUGACCUCGGUGUCACGCCCGACAAGAUCACCAACAGUGGCCAGAGGAGGAAAAAGCUCAUUGCUGGUGCCGAGUCUCCACAGCCUGCUUCUGGAAGCUCACCGUCUGAGGAAGACCGAUCCAAGUCGGCACCCACCUCUCCAUGUGACCAGGAAAUAAAAGAACUUGAAAAUAACAUCCGGAAGGCCUUGUCAUUUGACAACCGAGGGGAGGAGCACAGGGCAGCUUCGUCCGCCGAUGGCCAGCUGGCGAGCCCUGGUGAGAACGGUGAAGUCCGGCAAGGCCAAGCCAAGCGCUUGGGCCUGGAUGAGUUCAACUUCAUCAAGGUGUUGGGCAAAGGCAGCUUUGGCAAGGUGAUGUUGGCAGAGCUUAAGGGCAAAGAUGAAGUAUAUGCUGUGAAGGUCUUAAAGAAGGACGUCAUCCUGCAGGAUGAUGAUGUGGACUGCACAAUGACAGAGAAGAGGAUCUUGGCUCUGGCACGGAAACACCCUUACCUAACUCAACUCUACUGCUGCUUCCAGACCAAGGACCGCCUCUUUUUUGUCAUGGAGUAUGUGAACGGUGGAGACCUCAUGUUCCAGAUUCAGCGCUCCCGCAAAUUUGAUGAGCCUCGCUCCCGAUUCUAUGCUGCAGAGGUUACAUCAGCCCUCAUGUUCCUCCACCAACAUGGGGUCAUCUACAGGGAUUUGAAACUGGACAACAUCCUUCUGGAUGCAGAAGGUCACUGUAAGCUGGCUGACUUUGGGAUGUGCAAGGAGGGCAUUCUGAACGGCGUGACGACCACCACCUUCUGUGGGACUCCUGACUACAUCGCUCCUGAGAUCCUGCAGGAGCUGGAGUAUGGCCCCUCAGUGGACUGGUGGGCGCUAGGGGUGCUGAUGUACGAGAUGAUGGCUGGGCAGCCCCCCUUUGAGGCUGACAAUGAAGAUGACCUGUUCGAGUCCAUCCUUCAUGACGACGUGCUCUACCCAGUCUGGCUCAGCAAGGAGGCCGUCAGCAUCCUGAAAGCUUUCAUGACCAAGAACCCCCACAAGCGCCUGGGCUGCGUGGCAGCACAGAACGGGGAGGAUGCCAUCAAGCAGCACCCCUUCUUCAAAGAGAUCGACUGGGUGCUCCUGGAGCAGAAAAAGAUCAAGCCACCCUUCAAACCUCGAAUUAAAACCAAAAGAGACGUCAAUAACUUUGACCAAGACUUUACCCGGGAAGAGCCAGUACUCACGCUCGUGGAUGAAGCGAUUGUGAAGCAGAUCAACCAGGAGGAAUUCAAAGGCUUCUCCUACUUUGGUGAAGACCUCAUGCCCUGAGUAGCUGCUCCAGGUGGAGUUUGGUGAUGCUGCAAGAAGCGGUGCCGAGAUUCCGAUUUUCCAGAGGCUCAGAAGGUCUUGAACUACUUCUCCCCAGGGACCCAGUUCCCUGUCCACUCUCUAUUUAUUGCAUUCCCUGACCCCUGGCCGGUCCCUCCCUCCUUCUACCCGGUAAACCACGAAUAAUGCAGAAUCACGUGGGGUUAGCAGUUUACGGGACACAUUGCCUUGUUUGGUCUGUUGGUAAGCCAAGUCCCUCUCCUCGGGGGUGCCUGGCAGUGAGGCAACUUCAAUUCUUUUACUGUAAAGAGGAAAAAAGGUAGGCAAGUUGACUCUGGCUCCGCUAUUGGACGGAGCGUCUGGGCCACUGUCAUGUAUCACCUCGUGACACACCCCCACCCCCACCCCCGCCUGCCACCCUCUGCCUUUCUGUCCAGGAGAAGAGACUGGUGCUUCCUCGGCAUGGGGGUGGGCACCCUUGGGUCGUGCCUGUGAAGAAGAGGAAUAGAGAGAGGCACGGGCGGCCACCUGUGCUGGUUUGCUCUGGGACGGCUAAUUCUUGCUUGCUUUGGUCUUAGCUGUCGGGCAUGCCGAAGUUGUGUAAGCAUGUAUCUCAUGGAAGAGUUCUCUCCUUAUAGAAAAAGCAAUUUGAUUUUGAACUCUGUUAACAUUUGAAAAAAUAUAUAUAUUUUCAAAUUUGCUUUCUAAUUGGCCAAAAAAUAUAAAAUCCAAUAUUAACUGCAGGUAGAUAUUAAAGGGCUAAUAUAAAAUGAGAAACCAGUUGUCCAAGGCUGUGGUGUUAAUGCUGUAGUGGCUUCACGUAGAGAGUCUAUGUGAAGCAAGAGGAAAGGAAACAAGUCGCCUCCUCAUUAUCUUAGUUCUGCCUGAAUGCAAAGGUCACUGCAGUGAUGGCUAAGACCCUGGGGUUCCAGCCAAAUUUGGCUCCCAAAUUCUCUUUCCAGUUUCAUCCUAAGUUCCCAGCAUAAACUCUUAUUUAUUUUCUGCAACAGUGUGUUCUUUUUGCACACUUCUACAAAAUCGUAGUACUACUGUGUUGUGGUUUUUAUUAAACAUUAAACAUGUAAAGUUAAAUAUGAAAUGUCUGUUUUCGGAAUAAGCAGAAUGAGGAUAAGACCUGGGUUUUCCAGAGGAUACCAAAAGACAGAAGAGCACCUUGUUUGAAAACGGACAAUGUGGCAAGAGGUCAUGGAACUUUCGUUUCUGUGUGACAUAUAAUGGCAACUCCUAUGGACAUUAUUUAAUGGAUGUGAUGUUACCUCCUGUAGAUACGCUAACAGUGUUACAUUCAUUGAUUUCCAAGGGUUUUCUGUGGCUUCGUGUAUAUGUUUCCUGGAGGUCAUUUGAUUAUCUGUUUUACUGAACUGAUUUAGCAGGGAAUGGAAUCCAUUCCAACCGUUGCACGUGGAUUUCCUAGCUGCCCCUAAAUAUAUAUACUUGUGAGUGGCAAAGUGGCACUAAUGAAGCUUUUUGCCUUUUGUACAUUUGAGAUUUUUGUAUAUAGUGUUUGCUGCAAGGCCUGUGGAAUUAAUUCAUUGACUUUAGAGGUAUCAACUGCUGCAUGUUCAGGCAUAUUAUAAAACUUUAGUCUAUGAAAGAAUAAUUAUAAUAAUGUCCAGGUGCAAUACUCUGUAAGUGUAUUGGUUCAAGUUACCGAGAGAUAAAGUGUGUUAUUUUCUUUCUUGGUUUCUUUUUUUU